AUAUGGCCACACUGCUACACUUGCACUUGCAAAUUCUACUUACAUUUCCCACGCCGGCACUUUUCCAUUUUCCGGAUCAUGGCGCCCCCGGCAGCGCGUGCACGCUAUAUUGCCAAUAAGGCGGACAACCAGAUUCUGUCGAAGAAGCCGCCCAAGCGGCUGGGCCUCAAUGGCAGCAACAAGGACCCGGCACCGGCCGGCAAGAAGGAUAAGAAGCAAAAGGAUUCCAAAAAGCGCAAGCAAUCGGCUACUGGGAGCCAGGAGAAGAGCAGCAACCCGAAUCCCAUUAUGCCCAGCGUGCAGACCGCCUUCAAGACCUUCGUUAGCGCCCGGCUAUGCAGCGCCAUUUGGGCGUACAUUGCCGACUGUGACGAGACCUUCAACUACUGGGAGCCGCUGCACUACAUCAUCAAUGGCCACGGCCUGCAGACAUGGGAGUAUAGCCCGCAGUUCGGGCUGCGUUCCUACACCUACCUACUGCUGCAGGGCGUGCCCGGUUACUUCUACCAGAAGAUCUUCAACCCGAGUCCCAUACUCAUCUUCUAUAUGGUGCGCUGCAUGCUGGGCUUCGGCUGUGCGGUAAUGGAGCGGUUUAUGUACAAGUCCAUUUGCCAGGAGUUUGGCAUACACAUCGGUCGCCUCUGGCUGAUAUUCCAACUGUUCAGCGUUGGCAUGUUCGUGUCCAGCACUGCUCUGUUGCCCUCCUCGUUCUCCAUGUACUUUGGAUGCGCUGCUCUGGCCGCCUGGUGGCAGCGUAACUACUGUUUGGCCAUAUUCCUUACAGCCAUUUCGGCUCUGUUGGGUUGGCCAUUCGCCGCUCUAAUUGGCAUACCCGUGGUACUGGAGAUGCUACUUAGACAGCGAGACUGGAAGACGUUUGUUCAGUGGACCCUGAUCUCUGGCGCCUCGAUUGCCAUUCCCAUGAUUGCCAUCGAUACGAGCUACUUUGGCAAGCUGACAUUUGCCCCGCUGAACAUCGUGUGGUAUAAUGUGUUCACCAGCCACGGACCGAACAUCUUUGGGACGGAACCGUUGAGCUACUACAUCGUCAAUGGUUUCCUCAACUUUAACAUUAUUUGGCUACUGGCCCUGCAACUACCCAUUAUGCUGGUCAUGGAUUACCUCAUUGUGCCUGCCAAGUCCAAGUCUACGCUGAACUUUCCCCAUUACAUCUCGCUGGCUCCACUCUACCUUUGGCUCCUGGUCUUUUUCGCCCAACCGCAUAAGGAGGAGCGAUUCCUGUUCCCUGUUUAUCCAUUGAUCUCGCUUUGCGGCGCCAUCACCGUGGAUGUGUACCAGCGCAUCUUCUUCCGUUUCAAGUCGCUGGUAUUCAAGAUCAAGGCGGGCGUUCAUUAUCUGGACCACAGCAUGUUCAUUGCCAUCCUGGUGAUGGUGACAAGCACACUGCUCGGACUUUCGCGAGUGUUUGCUUUGUACAGGAACUACCAUGCACCCAUGGAUCUGAUGCUGGAGCUCAAUCAGUUCAAGGCGGACCCACAAUAUAACCCAAACUUCAUAUACAAUGUCUGCAUUGGCAAGGAUUGGCAUCGUUAUCCGGGAAGUUUCUUCUUCCCUGCCCGGAACUUUCGCCUGCGCUUCCUAAAGUCCGAGUUCCGUGGCAUGCUGCCGGCGUACUAUGUCAAUGGUGACAAUGCCACCCAGGUGGUGCAUCCCUACUUCAAUGAUCUCAAUCAGGAGAACGAGCACAUGUACUUUGACUACAACCAAUGCGAUUUUCUCGUCGAUUUCGACGAGGGCAAGUACACGGCGCUGGAACCCAACUACUCGAAGCGAUCCAAAGAGUGGACGGUGAUGAAGAGCCUGCCUUUCCUCAUACCGGAGAAGUCGCACAAGGUGUUGCGUGCCUUUUAUGUGCCAUUCCUCACCGACAAUCACAUUCAGUAUGGUGACUUUAAUCUGCUCAAGCGGAAGCCGAAACGCAAUGGAAGGUAAAGGUGAAGAUUGUCGUGCCAUUUAAACAGCAUUUUUUCCUUAGCAAAAGUCUGGGAGGAUUUUUAUAGUUAAAGAAAUGCGAUGACUAACGGCAAUUCCAUGUCAUCAGAUUUUAAAAUUGUAGAUUUUAAUUUAAAAUUUAAUCGACAUUUAAUCUUUCCAUUCCUAUGAUAAAUCCAGUUAGGAUCCUUUUAACCCAGUGAAUCAUACUCUAUAUGUCCCAUGAUUUUUGUUUUUUAUGUUGUGUCCAUGCCAAAGUUGUGAAGUUCAAUGCUGAAUAUCGAAGUAGAAAAUAAGCCUCAAAAAAAGUAUAUAAACAACGAGAUUCGUA